AUGGCGAUGCGGAGAAGAGCUUCUUCUGCCAUAAUUCUUUCCAUUGCUCAGUCUCAGGAAGCAGCGGCUUCAGUAGGUACUACUGCUACUGCUAGGUGUACUACUAUUGCUUCAUUUCUCUCUGCAUUCCCAAACCCUAAACCCCAAUUAGCUUUUUAUUCUGCUAUUAGUGGCAAAGUUGAGAGUUCUUCUGGAAAAGCUCUGAAAUUUCAACCGGGAUUGAGGAAUGAUAUUAAUAAUGUCGACAGUCUUCAUGAUGCUCUGAGCUUGUACCGGCAUAUGGUCCGGAUGAGGCCUCUGCCUUGUGUUAUUCAGUUCAAUCAAUUGCUGAACCGUAUUGUUAAGAUGAAGAAUCAUUAUGUAUCUGCUAUUUCCCUUUUUAGAGAUAUGUGUGUCAAGGGCAUUCCUGCUGAUGAGGCCACCCUCAGUGUUGUGAUUAAUUGUUACUGCCUCCUGGGUCGAGUGGAUUUGGGGUUUACUGUGUUGGCUGCUUUCAUGAAGCGUGGUCUUGUCCCUAAUGUGGUCACCUUUAGUACUCUACUCAAAGGACUCUUUCGAGAAUAUAGGGUCCCCCAGGGACAAGAAUUGUUUAAGAAGAUAAUAUUCGAAAAACUUUGCGAGCCCAAUGAAGUUAUGUUUCUGAUUGUGAUAGAUGGGCUUUGUAAGGUGGGGAACAUUCAAACGGCCAUUGAAUUCCUAAGAGUCAUGGAAAAAAGAAGAAGAUGUAAGCCCACCGUUUAUGUGUACAGUACAAUCAUUGACAGCUUGUGCAAGGAUAAAAUGGUUGAUGAAGCUCUUGCCCUCUUACAGGAGAUGAUUGAAAAGGGCAUUCCCCCGAAUGUUGUCACUUACAGUUGUUUGAUUCAAGGUCUGUGCAACUUAAGCAGAUGGAGGGACGUUGACAAGCUGUUUUCUGAGAUGAAGGUUUAUAAAAUUGUUCCGAAUGUUAUUACUUUUAGUAUAGUGGUGGAUGCACUAUGUAAGGAAGGGUGUAUAGAAGAUGCUGAAGAGGUAGUCCGGAUCAUGAUCCAGCAAGGUCAAAAUCCCGACCUGGUCACAUACACUUCCUUAAUGAAUGGGUACUUUUUACAGAGCCGAAUAGAUGACGCAAGGAGAGUUUUCGAUACCAUGGUUGCUAGCGGCUUUACACCCAAUCUCCAUAGCUAUGGUAUUCUAAUAAAUGCCUAUUUCAAGACCAAGAAAUUGGAAGCAGCCAUGAAGCUCUUUCGAGAGAUUCCACAUAAAGGUUUAACACCUGAUAUUGUUAUUUAUAACACUGUGUUGCACGGGUUAUUUAGUUCAGGAAGGUAUCUUAGUGCACGAGAAAUUUUCAAUGAGAUGCAAGCUUCUGGCAUGAAGCCUGAUUUUCCCACUUACUGUGUGGUACUGGAUGGAUUAUGCAAGACUGGACAUAUCGAUGAAGCAUUGCAGUUAUUCCAUGAAAUGGAAACUGAUGGAACAAAUCUUCACAUAAUAAUGUACAAUAUCAUCAUUGAUGGGUUGUGCAAAAGCAGGAGGCUCGAUAGUGCUCGAGAUCUUUUCAACAAUCUCUCCCUUAAAGGAUUGGACCCUAACGUCACAAUAUACAACACCAUGAUUUCUGGCCUGCUUUCAGAAGGUCUGCUCAUCGAAUCUAAAGAGCUCAUUGGAAAAAUGGAAGAGAAGGGUUGCUUGGCAAAUAGUGUUACAUACAAUGUCAUUCUGCAAGGACUCCUUAAGGGAGGUCAUUAUGAUGAUGCAGUGGUCUAUUAUGAAGAAAUGGUUCACAGAGGAUUCUUGCUGGAUGCAUCUACGUUUUCCCUUUUACUUGAUUUAUCUGCUGAGAAUCAGAACAAUCCUUCUGUGCUAAUGUUGAUGCUGAAGAUUGAUCCCGAUAGCAAGAAGUUCAUAGAUGGGGAACGAAGAGGACCUUCACAUUAGUUGCAACAUGUUGGUCCUGCCAUUUAUUUUGGCCUUUGAACUUUAAUUUGCUGGAACUAACAUUAUUUAGGUUUGAAUUGGAUCCUGUUGUCACUUAUCAUCUUUGAUGCAACUGAGCCUUAGAGGAGAUCUCUUGGUCAUAUUUUGUGAAACACCUCCAAGGUCUUUAGUUUGGUGGAGAAGCUGCAUUGCUUAGGGAAGUUCAAUUGACAAGUGUGGCAGAUCAAAGAAAUCUGCUGCUGUUAGUUGGAUUUGUACCACUUCUUCUAAGGGACUUCUUGUUGACCUUUCCAUGGAGAACCUCAGUGUGGCAUAUCACUUAAAUGGGGAGCAGUGGAAUUUGUAUCGCAGGGUGUGAAGAUUUGACGUCAGCUCAGACUUGAUAGAGACAAUUUAUUAGGUAUUGAAACGUAUGGAAAUAGUUGUGAAGAAUUUUAUAUGAAAGGAAUUGGCUGAAGUUAUCAAGACUAAUUUUUUAAAUCAGGGAAGAUUUUUUAACUUCAAACCACGUCUUAGAUAAGUUAGUUCAAAUUGAAUUGUGAGAAAAUUUAGAGCAAGUCUUAAUUUUAAUUUAUUUUAUUUUAUUUUUCAGUGACAAACAUUGAAUGACAAGUCUUGCAUUGAAGUUUUAUGCAAGAGAUCUGUUUUACAACGGUUCAAAAUCAUGUUCAUUAACUGUCCUAUGGACAACUUAAUUAUCUUUUCUAAUAGCUUUAGAGGAGGAUUCCCAAUUUUAGACGGAAAAACUAAUCUUGUUUCUGAAUGCAGGAAAAAAGUUUGUGAUAAAACUUUUCUAUAAAUGGGAUUUUUGUAGUAACAUCUAUUCUGCGUAGCUGGUUCAGUUUGUGAAGAAUUUUGUCACAAUAUUCAUUCCUACAGUAUGCGGUAAAUUUGAAUUAUUUACUGGGAAGAUAUGCAGCAUAGAAUGGAAAUAGUGAAUGUGUAUCUUGAAUACCAGUAACCAUUUUUUGUUUGUCAUAAAAUUGUUUGACAAGGUAUUAUUGGUCACUGAGGUGGAAUUGGGAGAUAUUCAUUGUUUUUGCUAGUUAUGAUUGGGCAUGAUCUGCAGUGAUAUGAAUGAUCUUUCAGUAAUUGUAAAGUAUCUAUUUGUGCCUGUAAUAGACGUCAAACCUGGAGAAAAAGGCCUGGACUGAUGUGCUAGAAAAGAAUUUCUUUUGAUACAGCACAUGGCCUGGAGUACCUGCAUGAGCAUUGCAAUGGUAAAAUUGUUCACCCUGAUUUAAAGCCUGGAAACAUCCAUCUGGAUGAUAACUUGGAAGCUUUCUUCGGUGGAUACAAAAUUAUCAGAUUGCAACUUGAGUCCAGGGAACUAUGGGACACAUUGCCCCUGAAUAAUUGUAUGUUCCUGCUGUGGUCUUAUCGGUGCAUUAAUGAAAUGGGUAAAUACCUUGAUUAGUGGUGUUGGAAUAUUUGAACUAGCUUAAUUGAUCUCUUUAUUUGACUUUUUUGUCAAAGUUUACACUGUUGUCAAAGUGUUAUCAGUAACCUUGAGUGAUUGCAAUUUGCAAACUAAUCUUUGUGUAUGGCAGACUUCGUUUCUUCAUCAGUCAAUUAGUAGGUCUUGGUUAUUGAGUUGGUUGCCUCUAGUUCCAGUUCUAAUUAUAUUGGAAAGUUCCUUGUAGUGUUUGAGUUGGUUGUCUUACUGUAGUAGUUGCUUAUAUCUAGUGGGGCUGCUGCAAUUUUGUCUACACAAGAUAGAGCCUUCAUGGCACCCACCAAGUUGCAUCUUAAGGAAACCCCAAUCUGGAUGAACUUUGGUCUAACAUCCAAUCCAACACCAGUUUUAAGUUGAAAGACAUUUGUCCUGAGAUACCGGUCCAAACCAUUUGUGAAUUGGAUUUGAAUUUGGUUUGUUGUUGGACCAAGUUCAUCUAAAUGUGAGCUGGAAUGGAUAUGCAGUGCUUUUUUGAAGAAUUUCAUGCAUUUCUGCUUGUAAAUAUGCGUCCGCUAGUUGAAACUAAGUUGCUGAAUGAUUACUUGUCCAGGACAUUUGCAUGUCUGUUGUUUAGCUUUCACAAUUCUGCUUGAUUCUUCCUUCCUUUAAUACUGCUGUCAGUUAUAGUUUGUCUUUGACCAUGGAAAGGCAUAUAGUUUGUGUGAUUGUGAUGACUGAUAUUCAUCCUGCAAGUUUGGGGUGUUUUAUUUAUUUAUUUUUUGGCCCCCUUUUAUAAUGAGAAGAGUUCUAGAAUUGAAAUCUUGAUGCAUUUCAGUGGUUUAUUUUAUUAUCUUUAUUUUCUUAUGUUUAAAAGAGGUGAGGGUCAUAAAUGUGUCGUGAAAUUCACACUGGUUUCUUUUGGGAAUGUCUUGGAUGGAUUGAGUUUUAGAUAAAAGGCGGUUGUCUGGUUGUCCUUGAAUCCUCAGAGUUUGUGUUUCCCCUUGCUUGCAGAAGCUAUUGCUUCUUUUCUUCUUUAGAGGAUUGAAUAACAAUUUGACAUCCUGAUUCCUGUAUACUGCGAAAGUUUGGCAUUCUGGCAACUAGAUCUGUUUAACUAUUUUUGGAGGCAGUUGCCAUAUUUUACAUCGUAUGACUACAAGUUAUAAUUGUCGAUAUUUGUGCAAUCAGGUGUUCAGUCAAUCUUUAGCUUGGAGGGAGUGAAAAAGGGUGACUAAUUAAUACUUAAGGCUAUUAUUCUUCUGUAUGUACUAUAUCAUGUCUGCAUUUUAUUGCAUUGUGAUCUUUUUCUUCCUUAGCUUUUGAUUGUACGUAAUUUCUGAACACUAGAACCAACCAUGCUGGAGUUGUACAACUACAGAGAACAUAGAACAUAGACUGUCGAGUGUUGUUUCACUGAAGCUAACAUUCGCAAGGGUUACUACAUUCUGUUUCAAGCUGCUAACAAUUUUCCUGCAAUGAUCAAACCUUAUUGCUGA